CCAAAGAGCAGCCAUAUUGGAAACAAAACACUUGUUUUUAUCGUUCAAUAUUAUUGAAAGAAAUUAUUUACUGUACAUGUUGUUUAAACAAUAUCAUCAGUUUUCUUCCACUUAAUGUCUACAAGAAACAAUAUAUAAGGGUAGAACUUUUAUUCAGCAUUUAAGAAACUAUUUAAUUUUUUUAAUACGCACCACAACAUGAUGGUGUAUUUCUGAGCGAUGUAAACACGGCAGUUAUGUUAGAAGCUACAGUACUGAACUAUAUAUGUAUGAGUAAAACUGAAGUAUUUGUUUAGUAAAUGCACGACUCAAAAUGGCGGAGGUUUCUGGUAAUUUUAGAAAUGUAGAUUAUACAGAUAUCAGAAUUAGGGAGCAUGAAUUGUACUAUUCCAUUUUCUCAUGCUCAAGCUUUGCUGGAAGCUUUCAUCCAACACUUAUCAUGGAGGAAAAUCCAAGUGAUCAGAAUUCAAGAUGGGUAUCUGAAACGCACGUACCACCACAAUUCAUUACUUUGAAACUUGAGAAACCAUCUGCCGUAACAAAAAUCAUAUUUGGAAAGUACUCACAGAGUCACGUCUGUAAUAUAAAGAAAUUUAAAGUUUAUGGAAGUUUAUAUGAUGAUGAUGAAAAUAUGAUUGAAUUAUUAGAGAGUGGUCUACACAAUGACAAUGUAAAAGAGACAUUUGAUUUAAAACAUAAAGUUGGAGGAAAAAUCUUUCCUGUAAAUUUCAUCAAAAUUGAACCAUUGGUAAGCUGGGGAACAACUUUUAGCUUUAGCAUUUGGUUUGUUGAGUUGAUUGGGGUUGAUGAUGAUGAUUGUGUCAAGGUUUACACAGAUUGGUUUAAUAGUUAUAGAGAACAGGAAACCAUCCGCUUGUGUCUUAAGCAUCUUCGCCAACGAAACUUCUCUGAGGCAUUUGACAGCUUAAAGAGGAAAACCAAGGUUGACUUGGAGCAUCCAAUUCUCACUGAACUUCAUCAUGAGUUGGUGAAUUGUUCAAAUUUUGAAGCAGCAGAAAAAAUCAUCGUAAAAGCAAGCGAAGAAGGUUUAUUUGACAGUUACCUCACUUCACAAGAUCAUCAUGUAGAAUGGACGUCCAUAGAAUCAUACAAUACAGGUAAGAACAGAGCCGAAAUGCCCAAGUAUGGAGGUCAUCAAAUGUGUAUUGACAGUGAAAAUCAUAUCAUUUAUCUGUUUGGUGGAUGGGAUGGAAAUCGCGAUCUUAGUGAUUUCUGGAAAUUUAACAUCUAUGAAAACAGCUGGAGACUUAUAUCACAUGACACAGAACAAGAUGGUGGUCCUUGCCGGUCAUGUCACAAGAUAUGUUUUGAUUAUAAACGAAAGUUUAUCUUUCUGUUGGGUCGUUAUCUUGAUUCAGAAGUGAGAAGAAGCAUGGUAUUGAAGAGUGAUUUAUAUAAGUAUGAUAUUAAUUAUAAUCAAUGGACGUUAGUAUCAAACGAUACUGAAAAAGAUGGCGGACCACCUUUAAUAUUUGAUCAUCAGAUGUGUAUAAAUGUCGACAAUGGAAUGAUGUAUGUUUUUGGUGGACGAAUAUUAUCGAACAUGGCUGACGAUUGUUCUUGUUCUGGACGAAUGUUUAAUGGUCUUUAUUCAUAUCUUACACUAACUAACACAUGGAACAAAUUAAGAGAUGACAAUCCUCCACUUACCUCAAGAAUUGGUCAUUCAAUGUUAUUUUAUGAGAAAAACAAGUCAUUAUAUAUUUUUGCUGGUCAACGAAAACAAGAAUUUAUGAAUUCUUUAACAAAGUAUGAAACAGAAACAAAGAAGAUUACCGUCUUAGUCAGCGGGAAAAAGCAUGAAAAAGCUCCAGAGAGUGGAUUUACUCAAAGAGCUACCAUAGAUCCUCUUACUGGAGAAAUAUUUGCUUUAUCGGGUUUGAGCAAAGAUAAAUCUAAAAAAGAACAAUCAACUCGAAAUUCGUUUUGGCUUUUUAAUAUUGAAAGCAAUAAAUGGUCUUGCAUUUAUCGUAACGAAAAGAAAGGCGAUGAGUAUUGGAUAAAAGAUGGGGUCUUUGAACCUUGUCCAAGAUUUGCCCAUCAAUUAGUGUAUGAUUAUGUGGACAAGAUUCAUUAUUUAUUUGGUGGCAAUCCGGGAAAUCCAGCGUUUCCUAAAAUGCGCUUGGACGAUUUUUGGUCAUUGAAACUUACGAAAAUAUCGCUGUCAAAUUUCUUGAGGAAAUGCAAAUAUUUAUUAAGAAAACAAAAGUUCCUUGAAUUAGCUAGAGUUGACAGUCUACAGGCACUCAACUAUUUACAGAAUGAUCUAUCAGCAGUUGUUAAUCAUGAUGAAUUAGAUGAGCGUCGUGAGUUUGAACGGCUGACUUCCAAUCUGUUUUUAUAUAAAGAUGAAACAGAGAAUAUGGAUGUUAAUACUGAAGGAGCUGAGCAGUCUAAGGAACAAUCAUUACUUAGGGACCGUUCUCAGUUAUUUGAUCAACUUGUGACUGGUUUUCCUGACACUAUGACUCAACCAAAAGAAAAUCUUGUCGACAUUAUAAAGAUUCGAUAAUGUGCUCCGGAAGUUUGUGACUUAUUAUUUAUAUGUUUAUAGAGAAUUUUGUAUAUCUUUAGUAUGGAAAAUGAUAUUUCUCUUUAUGAUUACAUUAUAUUAUUUGCAAGAAAA